AAGUUCUCACACGACGGUAUCAUACCCAGUAACUAAUCCUUUGUUCGCAGGAAACUGCUUUCAGCGAGUAGGAGUCAUGCAAAAUGCUACCUGGGACCAAACUGACUAUUCGCGGAUUCAAAGUGACAAAGAACUAUCCAUCACAUUAUCGCAAGCGAUAAACCAGCUCAAUUCGUCACCAAUGAAGUAUGAAAUAUGUAAAUCUAAACGGCUUCUUAGCUGACCUUGGUAUACAAAGAAGAAUGAUUUCUUCUCUUUCUUCUUAUUCCCCUAUUUGGUAGAAGCUCAGCUUCAUCCCCUAGCUGAUGUCCCCUAACCUACGAUAGAAACGCCGUAGAAGAGGAUUGUAUUUUAUGAGUAGUAUGAGACGGCAAUAAAUACAAUUGUAAUACGAAAAGUUACAUCACCAAAAGAUAACAUAACGAAAAUGGAAUACGGUUCUGCCGGUGAUUAUGGUGACUUCGAGGAUACCUUUGAGGGUGAGGAUAUCUAUGAGGAUGACGAUAUCUAUGAAGAUGACAAUAUCUAUGAGGAUGACGAUGUCUCUGAGGAUGGGGGUAUCUUCGCGGAUGAAGUUGUAGAAGAGGUCCCACCUGCCCCUUCUGCUCCUCCCCCUCCCCCUCCACCGUCUAAUGCGCCACGGCCUCGCCCGAGAUGGGUUACUUUAUUAAUAAACGCAACACUGACCAUCCUCACGUUGCUCAUCACCAUUCUAUUCGUAUCGACACUCUUCGGCUCCGUAGGGGGGACUUCUGCCGGCAACGGCUUAUUGAGAGACAACAGUCCCGUCUACGUGGAAGACCAAAUCAAGAAGCUAUCAUACAAGAAAAAGGAUCUCUACACCAAGCCGCUCCGUAGUCUGAAUUUCACCGAGGCCAUGGUGCCCCUCUGGACCGGGUCCCAAGAAAUCCUCCUCGACAACAACGCCAUCGAGACCUGGUUCUCCGCCGUCGAAACCAACAACCCCAUCCUCGACAAACUGUGGAGCUCCAUCCCUCACAGCCACAUCGGCAAGGAAGAGACCCAGAUCCCCCACUUGGAGAACGCGCUGAUAGAGCGGCGCGCCCACCUUGAGCGAGCCAAGGAAGCCUUCAUCGCGUUCCUCCAAGAACGCGAGCAGGCCACGUACGACAUCAUCAGUAACCCCACCCAGUGGCACUGGUACGCCGACAAAGCCUCAGAUGUCGGGCUGAUGCAGGAUCUGCUGAGCGGCGAAAAGCGAUACCAAAGCGUGGACCAGUACUCCAAAGUCGUCCCCUUCGUCAAGACCGCCACGGAGGAGCUCUUCCAGACACACCAGCGCCUGUGGACCGGCGACGGCAGCGGCGCGGCGAUGCGGGCCCACGCCUACACAGCGCGGGAGCACCUCGUGCUGGCCUGGAAGUCCGAGGCGGACCUCAUCGACGAGCUCACCCUCCGCUCCGGGAACAAACGACUCUGGCGCGGCAGCUCCCAGGGCGCCGCCAUGAGCGACCUGUGGCAGAAGCUGAACCGGCUCGUCGAGUCGCUCGAGGACAUGCGCGACGCCCUCGACUUCUCCAAGAACAAGCUACAGCAGGGCGACGGCGCCGCCGCCGCAAAGGGCAGCUUCAUCUUCUGGGCCCGCAGCGCCCUGCACCUCCAGCGGCAGUGGGCGACGCUGCUGCACCACUCGCAGAAGGGCGUGUUGUUCGCCAUCCGCCGCGAGCAGCUCAACUCCCCCGCCGAACGCGCUGAUCUCCAGGCCUCGUGGGACGCGUGGAAGGGGCGGAACUGCGGCGGCACCCAGUGCUACGACAUCGACGGCUGGAUUGCCUCCGCGAAGAACGCGCUCGGCUACAAGAAGAAGCCGAUUGCGCUCCGCGCUCAGGACGAGGUGCUGAGGAAUAAGGGGCGCAAGGAUGGCAGGCCGACGAGGGUCUGGAGGGGCGUGUAUGAGGAGGCGUGCUGUGCGAAUGGGAACCUCGCGGUUUUUUUGAUGAAUGGGCCUGUGAAGACUUUUCAGACCUGAGGUGGAGGGUAUGUAACCUAGGGAUUUAAAUCUAGAUUGGGUAGGUAGGAGAAGCGGUGGUGGAGGUCUUAAAGUUAAAAGGAGAGUUGUAGAGUGUAGAGUAACG